AUGGCUUACUCUCAGAAAGACCUCGAAAAGGCAAUCUACAAAACCACAAUGCUCACUUUAAAGGACGUUUUAUCUCGUCAAACUUCGGAAUCCAAAUCAUCCAAGUCAAAGUUGCCAUCCAACACCUCUGAUAAGAAGUCCAAACGUCGCUCAACAAAUGUCCCAUCAUUCAAUGUCGAGAAAGUCACUUAUGAUGAUGAUUAUUUUAUCAAAUAUGCCGAUGAAUACAUCACAUUCACUGGUAAAAAUCCAACAACAUUCCACGCUAUUCACUUCUUUUCCAAAUUACUUGAAGCUAAUGGAUUCAAGUACUUGUCUGAAAAAGAUGAAUGGAGUGAUUUAUCCGCUGGUUUGUACUACACUACAAGAAAUUCCACUUCAUUGGGUGCUUUUGCCGUUGGUAAAGAUUGGAAACCAGAAAAUGGUGUUGGUAUAGUUGGCUCCCAUAUUGAUGCUUUAGCUGCAAAAUUGAAACCAGUUUCUUCAAAGACCAAAGUUGAUGGUUAUGAACUAUUAGGUGUUGCCAAUUAUGCUGGUGCGUUAUCCCCAACUUGGUUUGAUAGAGAUUUGGGUAUUGGAGGUAGAGUUUUGGUUAGAGUUGAGGAUAAAAACUCAAGUACUGGUUACAAAAUUAUCUCAAAGCUAAUUAGCUCUUCUCCUAAACCAAUUGCAAGAAUUUCCACUUUAGCUGAACAUUUUGGUGCUGCAGCUGCACCACCUUAUGAUAAAGAAACCAAAGCCAUUCCAGUUAUUGGUUACAAUUCUGGUUCAGAUUCAGAACCUACAAAAGAAGAAAAGAAAUCACCUUUAAUUGGCAAACAUCCUAUAGACUUGCUAAGAUUCAUUGCUGAACUUGCAGAAACUUCAGUCGCUGAUAUUGUUCAAUUAGACUUGGACCUUUUCGAUGUUCAACCAGGUACUAAAGGUGGAUUGAGAGAUGAUUUUGUUUUCGCACCAAGAAUUGAUGAUAGAGUUUGUUCAUUUGCUGCAAUCAAUGCAUUGAUUGAAUUUACCAAAAAUGGUCCAAUCCCAUCUGAUUCUUUCAGUCAAGUUUUAUUAUUUGAUAAUGAAGAAGUUGGUUCUUUGACAAGACAAGGUGCUAAGAGUACAUUAGUUAACUCAAUCACUGAACGUGUCAUUGACAGCUUAGUUGGCUCAAAAGAUGUCUCAGUCGAAGUUGCAUCAAGAACUGCAUUUGCCAAUUCUGUUAUCCUGUCAGCUGAUGUUACCCAUUUGUUGAACCCAACUUAUAAAAGUGAAUAUUUAGAUGAUCAUUUUGCAGUUCCAAACAAAGGUAUUACGAUUGCUUUAGAUCCAAAUGGACAUAUGGCCACUGAUUCUGUUGGACAAACUAUAGCUCAAGAAGUUGCAAGAUUAAAUGAUGAUGAAUUGCAAUAUUUCCAAAUCAAGAAUGGCGCUAGAUCUGGUGGUACCAUCGGUCCAACAAUCUCAAGUAACACUGGUGCAAGAACAAUCGAUUUGGGUAUCCCACAAUUAUCAAUGCAUAGCAUUAGAGCUGCAAUUGGUGUCAAAGAUGUUGGUCUCGGUGUUAAAUACUUCAAUGGAUUUUUCAAAUACUGGCAAGAUGUGAACAAAUCAUUCGGUGAUCUAUAA